ACCAGGGCUGUCUCCAAAGUGUUUGCGGGCGUCCAGUUCGUGCGCAUCUCUGGACUCGCGAGGAGCGGGGCUCACGAAACAGCUCGACAACUUGCAUCUGCCUGUUACACCCUCGGACUCACACGGAAGAUCCUUCAGCAUGGGUUGCUUCGAGUGCUGCAUCAAAUGUUUAGGCGGCGUGCCGUACGCGUCGCUGGUGGCGACCAUCUUGUGCUUCUCGGGCGUGGCCCUCUUCUGCGGCUGCGGUCAUGUGGCGCUCACGGGAACCGUCAGCAUCCUUGAAAGUCACUUCUCCAAGGUCGCCAGUGAUCACGCCAUGCUCACCGAUAUAAUACAGCUGAUGCAGUACGUCAUUUACGGCAUCGCUUCCUUCUUCUUCCUGUACGGCAUCAUCCUGCUGGCCGAGGGCUUCUACACCACCAGCGCCGUCAAGGAACUGCACAGCGAAUUCAAGACCACCAUCUGUGGGCGCUGCAUCAGCGGAAUGUUUGUGUUCCUCACCUACAUUCUGGGCGUGGCCUGGCUCGGCGUAUUCGGCUUCUCCGCCGUGCCCGUCUUCCUCUUCUACAACAUGUGGUCCACCUGCGCCACCAUGAAGUCAUCCAUAUCCAACCUCACCGACAUCGACUCCAUCUGCGUGGACGUUCGUCAAUACGGAAUCAUCCCAUGGAGCGCAACACCGGGGAAGGCCUGUGGAUCCACGUUAGGUGACAUCUGUAACACCAGCGAGUUCUACCUGUCAUAUCACUUGUACAUCGUUGCCUGUGCCGGAGCCGGAGCCACUGUGAUAGCUCUGAUCCACUUCCUCAUGAUUCUCUCCGCUAACUGGGCCUACCUUAAGGACGCCAGUCAAAUGCAUGCCUACCAAGACAUCAAAAUGAAAGAGGAGCAGGAGCUGCAGGACAUCACGUCACGCUCCAAGGAAUGCCUUCAUUCCUACACAUAAGGGAAUCACACACGCACACAUUGAUGCAAAGGGCACGCGAGGCCGAUCGUUCUGGCCCAUCGGGACCAGGCUGAGCUACAAUAACCACCUGUGCCCUACUAACAGACUAACACACUGCAGCUUCUGCACUAACUCAACAUGCAGUAUUUUGCUUUUUUUACAUGUGCGUUUGAUUGUCUUGUUUUGUCUCUGGCUGUCCAUUUUUUAACCACUUUUUGCAAGGUGAAGCUUGAGACGUUAUUAUUGGGGUUGCACACACAGUGACCACAGUGUGAAAUUUAAUUGUGACAAGCAUUUGAAUUGUUAGCCCCCCAGUUUAUUUAGUCUGCUAAAAUACAUCAUUAUAUGAAAAAAAAAAAAAACAAUGUGUAUUCAUUUGAACAGGUUAAAAAAAAUUGACACAGUGUAAAAAUGUGCAUGGAGGCAGUUCAACGUGCUCUUGUGUGCAAACGUAUUAACUUCUUGGCCUGCAUUAACUCUACCUCAGGGGGUCUGCUGAAGUUGGAUGAACGUGCAAAAUGUCAAACAUGUAUUGUACAAACGAAAGUUUGGUCAUUGUUCUGCUCAUGAAGCCGCUACAUAAGCAUAGACCUGCGAAAUCGAAUUCGGAGUGGGACUCUCAUUGUCCUCCAGGCUAUUUAAAUUUGGAAUCUUAAUUUUAAUUACAAUUGUAGAAAUGUAGCAGCAAAUGUUCAGCAGUUCAGUUAAAAACCGUGAGACUCCGAUUUUCGAUUCACGAUUGAACAUUUCGAUAAUAUGGAUGAUUAUAUUUUACAGCGGACUAAAACUCCCAAAUUAACCCUUUCAGGGACAACGGUUACGACAGUGGACAGCUUAUCAUGUUAUCAGGUUUCAGAGGGCAUGAGAGGGUUAAUAUCACAAGAAAUGACAGUCUUUUCAAAAGUGUUUUCCCAUGUUUGGAUGCAUGACACGUUUCCCUUUUUUAAUUGAACUCCUGAAGUAAAUGGACUUUUAUAUGGCAUUCUUAUUUAUUGCGAUACACCCAGACAGAGAAUACAGUCCAAAUUGUAUAUGUUCCCUCCUAUUACUGUUGUCGAGGUUGCAAUGGCUUCCUAGUUUUGUCCAUUUCAAAUUCACACUUUUCCGAGAAAGUAUUGGUUUAACGAGGCUGAGUCACACCAAAAAUAUGCAUCCUUAAAUGAGCUCCCUCUUUAGUUCCAGGGUGUUUAUUUCAAUUUAUUGUCACCAAUGUAGCUGAAGCUAUUUUAAAAUGUUUGGGGGCAGGGAAUAUGCAUUUUCAUUAUUUUUCUCAUGUUGCCCCGCCUCCCCCAAAGCGCUCGCAGUUUGUAAAGCAUUAAUGUGAUCCAAUACAAGAACUGUAGCUUUUUAUUUUUUACUCUCAUAAUCCUGCUCACGUUUGAAGGACACUGUCCAAUAUGUGUUAAUGUAACAAUACUGUUUCUAUUAUCGUCAAGUUGAUUCUAAUAAUUUGAUAACCAUCUCUCUGUUACCAGUUUAUGUUAAGAGUUUCCUUUUAAAGCGGCUCGCCAUCGCUUCAUGAAGACUUACUCGACUCUUGGACUGCCCUAAUGCUUGCCAAAUAGUGAGCCCAACUCUUUGCUAGCCGCAUAUAUCAGUCAUGAAUUGUUAAAUGUAUAUAUUACACUUUACAAUCAGGUAAUUCAUUUGCCUCUUGUAACUGAUAGUUGUCUGGUUGACCGGAGGAACACAUAUAAAGUCGUUUAAACUUGCCAAAUAGUCAGUAUAUUCACGCGUAUACAAGAUUUACAACACCUAAGAAAAAUAAUCGCAUUUUUAUGUUUGAACGGAUUUUUUUCACACAGUUCUUGUAUUGGUUCACAUUAGAGCACUGCUGUCAAAGUCAAGGCCCGGGGGCCAGAUCUGGCCCGCAACAUCAUUUUAUGUGGCCCGUGAAAGCAAACCAAGCAUGUCAAGUUCCAUGAUGCUUGCUAAAGUCUGAACCAAAAUGUCACAUUGUCAUAUGUCAUCCACAAUAACAGUCAUUAUUCUUGACUUCAGAUUUUAAAACUGGUUAACCAUCAAUUUGUUGUGCGUUGUGUAUGCAAUAUGUGGAGGUGAUUAAACAGUUAUAUGGUUUCCCAAACUUCAAUCCUCCAAGGGAAACCGUAACUACAAUGUGGCCCGUGACAAAAAUGAGUUUGAUGCCCCUGCAUUAGAGACUGCAGCUGUAACGUAAUUUUUCAGACAGUGAGUACGAUUUAAUAGCUAAGUCACACACUGCAUCACAGCAUGCGACUCUUUGCCAUAAUAACAAUACGCUUGCUGAAUAUGGACUGCAGCUAUUAAUUAAAAAUAAGAUUUUGAGUCCACACAUUUGCUGUUUAUCGCUCAUUAUUAUGAGUCGCAGUGACUCGACAGUGUUAUCAAACCUGAAGUGUGCUUUGGUAACAAUGUAACAAGUUUGGAUGAUGUAAAGCAGGGGUCCCCAACCGCCGGGCUGCGGACCGGUACCGGUCCUCGGGGCAUUUGGUACCGGGACGCACAAUAAGAAUUUACAUUAAUUCCGUCGUAUUUAUUUUGGAAUACGAAUGAUAUUUUAUUUUGAAAAAUUACCGGAUUCUCCGUUACAUCCAGUUGUGUCACCUGACACACGUCAAACCACGAUUCUCCGUCACGUGACUGAUUACGCUAAAAACAAAACACCAGAGCUUGCUAAAUGAGUAAAAUAAACUGCUGGAGAUCGCAAAUUACGGCGGCCUCAAAAGUACGUUCGAGACAACAACUCUGCCGGUGUUCUGGAUUCAGGUUAUGGCUGAAGCACUGUUGCCAUUUCCGACAUGCUACCUGUAUGAGGCUGGGGUUUUGUGCAGCAACGGCGACUAAAACAAAAUGACGAAGUAGACUCGACAUGAGGCACACACUUCAGGUGUCAUUACCCCGAGAUGGGACCGCCCGCUUGCAGAAAAUCGAGCUCUAUGCUCGCACUGAUUCAGCAUUGUGGUGAGUUGAGAUUUUCAUGCACUUUGAAUUUGUGUUGUAUCGUAUUUUGAAUGCAUUAAGACCGUAGCGAUCAGAUUGUUGCGGCCAAAUUGGACGCUCCUCGUGUUUAUCUCGAAAACCCCCCAAUGUUCAUGCAGCUCUUAGCAUAUUAGUAGUAUUUAUCCGCCACACCUUAAAUGCCGGUCCGUGAAAAUAUUGUCUGACAUAAACUGAUCCGUGGGGCAAAAAAGGUUGGGGACCCCUGAUCUAAAGAGGCUUAAAUGUCUGACCUGUGCAGAUUUCUUUUUUUUUUCUAAACACUUUUUCAUCAUUGCAUUAUACUUACUGUUGCGUCAUAUUUUAUUGUAUUAGUUGCCGCGCUAACUUGUUUGUUUUUGUUGCCUGGAGUAUGAAUGCAUAGUUGCAACAUGAUGGCGUAUACUGUACUGACUUUGUGAUAGUAGGCAGGGUUUGUUUGCCUGUUUUUGUUUUGUUUAAUACAAAUGAUUAGCUCAGUAAUUAGAUACGUUCAUGUUACUUUAUCCUACUGUAUUUAAAUCUUAGUUCUAAUAGACAUUUUCUACAAAUCUUUUCUAUCAAUGUUGAAGGGCUUCCCCCCCCCCCCCCCCCCCACUUGUAUUUCAUUUUACAACUUUGAAACAAACACUGACAUUUAUGCCAUGGCUAUUAGCCAGAGUGUGGAUGGAAAGUGUCUCCUUUUGCAACAACCAAAAACA